UAAUCAAGAACAACAACCCAACCUGGUGUGCGGGUUUAACUGAAAAGAAUCUAGAGAGACGCUUUGUCGUCGCUGAGUUAAGGAGGAUGAAGCUAGAGGUGCAGAUUGAGCUGCUGAAGUUCUGCUCUGCAGUUUUUAACAUCCUCUUCCUGGUUCUGGGUCUGAGUGUAGCUGGAUGUGGAGUCUGGAUUCUGUUCGACAGUGGAAGCUUCCUGAAUAUCCUGCCUUCCAAUGAGUUGCGUGUGGUGGCGAUGGGCCUGCUGUUGAUUGGUGGCGUGGUGGUGCUGGUCAGUGUCAUUGGAUGUGCUGGAGCUAACAGCCAGAACAGACUCCUGCUGCUGGUGUACAUCGGCUGCCUCAUCGUCCUGGUCCUGGGUCAGCUGUACGUCACACUGCUGCUGCUCCUAAACAGAGACAAGAUUGACAACAUGCUGAAUGAAGUCGUGGAUCAGGUCAUCGUUCAGUACGGAAACAGCAGCAACCGUGCCGACACACUGAUGGACAACGUGCAGCACUCUGGGAAGUGCUGUGGGGAGACAGGCCCCAGUGAUUGGCUGAAGAACUCCUACAUCCAGAGUCUGAACCUAUCGAGUCCAGAUGUGCUUCCAUGUUCCUGUUUCACCGUCUAUCACGGCAGCUUCAACUCCUCCUGGUGCUCCGAGCUCCUCAACUACACUGAGCCGCUGUUUGGACGAGGAAACAACACCUUUAGUCAGGGCUGCAGUGAGAAGCUCAGUGAUUGGCUGCAGGAGAAUGCAUUGACCAUCGUCGGCAUGGCCCUAAGCCUCAUCUUGAUCCAGGUGCUUCAGUUUGUCAUCACGGUGUACCUGUAUCGGGCAUUUGGUAAAAAAUCUGCUUUGAAAAGACGCAAUCUACUGGUUGAACAUACCCCUAACGAUGACCUGGACGAUGGAGAGGAAAACUACGCCUACAUGGAGCCUGAUGGUGAUUAUGUAGACAUCAACAAUGCAAACCUUGUAGGUCCCAACCACUCAGCCUACCACCCUGAUGACCAGAACCUUCGCUACUAGUUGGCUUCAAAAACCUAAACCUUUGACUGGAAAAGAAAACUUCUGUUUCUGAACUGUUUCAGUGUAAAAGCCUCUUGGGACCAUCAAAACAACCUGAAGUGACCACACCACAUUAAGAAACCACAGAAUCCUCUAUUUCCUUUACUCAUUCACCACCAACAUCUUCUAAGGGAACAAUAAAUGCACUUUAAGGAUAUUAAAAAGCUUUGAUGACAACUAGAACUGCAUAAUGCACCCCUAUAGUUCCCUCAAUUAUCAUUACAAACCCCUGAGUGAUUGCAGCCUAUAACACGUCUAUUACUAUUUCAUCCUCCUCUGCAGCUUCAUUGUGAAUUUAGCUGUGUUUAAGUGCAGUUUAUGUGAGCACAGGGAGCCGGAGAGAAGCUUACAGAUGUCCACAGCAGCUGAGUUUUGGUUGAACUGAAGCACAACUGGCAACAUGAAAACCCAGUAACCCACCCAGUCCUUGUUUUUUGGUUUCAAAUAAAAGUUUCCACCAUC